GUGUGUGUGUGUGUUUGGAGAGACACCAGAGCAAUAGUGACGCGACUCUGAGCCAAACAUGACUGAUACGUUGCCUUGAAGGAGCCACUCAGCACGGCUCGGUGCAGCCAUAAACAGUGGGGUGUAUUUUUGCGCACCACCUCUCCCUCCUGCAGACUCUGCGUCUGGAGACGCAGCCACAGAGGAGUCUCCGGAGGGUGAAGCCAGGAAAGGACGGGGCUGCGUCCACGGGGAGUGUUGUGAUCAGGCCCCGCAGCGAGUGCAGAAAUGAAGGCUGUCUCUCUCUAACUCCUGGUCCCGUUAUCUGGAGCUGGACCUGCGUCUUCGUAGGAAAAAGUUGUCUCCCUUUCGUCCAGAACAGCCAACAGUGGAUGUUUGCCUGUGUUCAACACAGUCUAUGUAAAUGGACUAGAGACUAAUGCACUCAUGCAAACAGGAAACCAAAAAGGCACUUUAUUUGUAUUGAUCACUGCUGCCCUUUAUUGACUUUUCCAGCUUUUUCUUCUCACCUUUGAUUUUUUUUUUCUAUGCUUGAGUUUAUUUGCACAUUUCUAUUCUAUGCCAUGACUAAGACAUUGUGCCAGCGCCUGAGUGGACCUGGACUGGAGCAAAGGUGGCAGCAACUCAGCCAGUGAACCUAACAAGUCUCUGGUGUGUCAAAACAAACUGGAAUGGUGAGGAAUGCAGAGACUGACGUCCAAGAACUUUGGGAAGUCUGCUGUUGUUUAUGUUGCCACCACACUACUAACUUCUUUUGUCUGUGCCGUUAUUCAAACCAGCUCUUUCUGUGAGAUUUUCCUAUAAGUAACAAAAAUCCCUGACGCACAUUUUGAUUUUAUAGACUGAAAACCAACAUGGCGUCUCCCCAACAUCAACAACUGCUGCCUCACAACACAGAAGUCAGCUGUGACUCAAGUGGAGACGGAGGCGUCUCGGUGAGGAUUGGCAGCAACGUCAAACACAAGCACGGAGGCGGCAGCGGCCCACUCGGGUCGAUCGGGGGAGGCUUCAUAGGGGCGUCCAAGCGCUGCAAAUACAGCAUCUCCUCCAGCUGCAGCUCUGGGGAGUCUGGAGUCAGGAAGCCAAACAUCAGGAGCUUUCGCUCCAACAAGAAGAUGCCUCAGCUGUUUGAGAGAUCUGCGGGUCAUUUCUGGGAUCCCAAGUUUGACUCUUCCAUCCUGGAGGAGGCGUGCAGAGAACGCUGUUUCCCACAGACCCAGCGGCGGUUCCGCUAUGUGGUCUUUUAUCUGAUUGUCGCUGCCUUCCUCUGGGGAGUGUACUUUGUUGCCAACCCCUCCCGCUGUAACAGAACUGCCUUUCUCCCUCCUAUUGCUUUUUUUCUCCUUUUCUGCCUCGUCCUUUUUCUCUUAACUUUUACUAAUUUCUACUCACGUUUCUACAACCAAGCAUCUCUGUUACUUAUUAUCAUUACCUUUAUCCUCACCCUGGCCCCUCAAAUACAGACAUCAGGCUUCAGGGACCCAGAUCUUCCCACAGCUCCUGAUGAUGAUGAGUUCAGUGGCAUGGGGCCCAUGUACAACCUGUCCAAUGACAAGGUGAUAGGAGUUGACCCCUGGUCCCCUUGUCUCUCUCCUGUAGGCACCUUCUCUCUCUGUAUUGAAGUCCUCCUGUUGUUGUACAGUGUUCUCCAUGUUCGCCUCUUUGCCUCUGUCCUUCUUGGCUUUCUUUACUCUGUACUUUUUGAGAGUCUGGGCUGGCUGCACUUGACCCAGGCGGGUAAGAACUGGACCGUAGAGUCUGAAUCAGACUGGGACACGCUGAGUUGGCUCGGCCCUGCGAAAGCCUUGCUUCACCUCUGCGCCCACGCCAUCGGCAUCCACCUUUUCAUCAUGUCAGAGGUGCGGUCACGGAGUACCUUCCUCAAAGUGGGACAGGCCAUAAUGCAUGGCAAGGAUUUGGAGGUGGAGAAAGCCCUGAAGGAGAGGAUGAUCCACUCUGUCAUGCCCAGAAUUGUUGCUGAUGAACUGAUGAAGCAGGGUGAUGAAGAGAUAGGGGAUAAUUCUGUCAAACGAUACUCAACCAGCGGUGCAGCAGCUGCUAUCGCCAGUCCUAAGAACCACAAACGCAAGAAAACCUCCAUCCCUCGAGGCCAGAUAAUCUUCAGACCCUUCAACAUGAAAAGAAUGGAGCCUGUCAGCAUCCUCUUCGCAGACAUCGUUGGCUUUACUAAGAUGUCUGCUAACAAAUCUGCUCACGCUCUGGUGGGGCUCCUGAAUGACUUGUUUGGACGUUUUGACAGACUUUGUGAGCACACAGGCUGUGAAAAGAUUAGUACACUGGGAGACUGUUACUACUGUGUGGCCGGUUGUCCUGAGCCCAGAACAGAUCACGCGUAUUGCUGUGUGGAAAUGGGCCUGGGCAUGAUCCAAGCUAUUGAACAGUUUUGCGAGGAGAAAAGAGAGAUGGUCAACAUGAGGGUGGGUGUCCACACUGGCACCGUGCUGUGUGGUAUCCUGGGCAUGAAGCGCUUCAAGUUUGACGUCUGGUCAAAUGAUGUGAAUCUGGCCAACCUGAUGGAGCAGCUGGGAGUGGCCGGGAAGGUCCACUUAUCACAGGCCACCGCCAAUUUCCUGGACGAUCGUUACCAGCAGGAAGAGGGACAGGUCACUGAGAGGAUAGGACAGAGUGUGGUGGCUGACCAACUCAGAGGUCUGAAGACCUAUCUGAUCUCUGGCAGGAAGAUGGAAACUCACUCACACUGCACAUGCUCACAGUUGGGGUUGGCUGGGAUAGAGAACACAGAUCCUUGGUGUCCCACACCCAGACUCCACACCCCUGAUGGGGCCCCGUCAGCUUGCACCACAGGCCUUGACGGCUCCAAGUCCCCCUGCCUGUCCUGCAGUGUGAUACCAGGGGAGGAGCAGGUCAUGGAUGAAGGAGCGGUGGUCAACGGCUGCCAUGAUGAGUACAAGACCAACGGCAACAAGGACCCUUCCCAUCUGAAGUGUUCCCCACUGAUGUCUGCCGAGUGCACACCCAAGGCUGUGAACGGCCUGCUGAGUCCUCGACCAGAGACCUUGCACAACAGCCAGACGUCACUGUGCGAGAUGUUGCAGGAAAAGGAGAAGAAGACGUGGAGCGGAGGGGCCAUGGGCAUGGACCACUCAGCGCUAAUUCCUCUGAGAUCCAAGAACUUCAGGGAGAGGAGUGACGCUCACUUCGUAGAUGUGAUCAAGGAGGACAGCCUGAUGAAGGACUAUUUUUAUAGACCUCCCAUCAACAAGCUGAGCCUCACCUUCCUGGAGAGGAGUCUGGAGUCUGCUUAUCGGAUCAGCUACCAGGAGGAGGUUGAAACACAAGCAGCUGUGCAGACGUUUGCCAGUCCGACGUUCAGCUCUUUCCUGGACAUGUUGCUGUGCUGCUCAGUGUUUCUGGCUCUCUCGCUGGCGUGUUUCCUCCGACCACUCGUCACUCAGCAGAGUCCGUCCACACUGGCCCUCAUCCUGACAGCUGGAGCCGCUGCACUGGAGUCUGUGGCUCUGAUCUUCUCAAUACGUCUCACAACAUACAGCAUGGCCUUCUACCUUGACAGUACGAUGAAGUGCACUCAUGUGCUGAUGAGAGUGAUCUCAGGAUGGAUCGCCCGACAUUCAAUCGGUGCUGUCCUGGUGUCUGUUCCUGCAGUGGCCAUCUUCUCACAUGUCACCUGUGACAUGCACCUGUCCAUACAAUUCACUAUGUUCAUCUGCUGUGCAGUCAUCAUUGCUAUUAUCCAGUACUGUAAUUUCUGCCAGCUCAGCUACUGGAUGCGCUCAACACUAGCAACGCUAGUGGGACUAGGAGUACUUACCUUGCUCUUCUGCUCCCCCUGCAGUGUUGCCAAGAAUCUGAUUUUAUGGUCUAACAGGCCGAUCAACAACACUAACAGCUCAGGUGUCAUGUCUGACACUUUAGUAGAGUCAGACCCACAGACUUCCCUCCAUGCCCUGCUGGGCCCUGAGGCCUGUGUGGCUUUUUUUCUCCUCCUUCUCCUGGUCUGGUUUCUUAACCGUGAAUUUGAGGUCAGUUACCGUCUACAUUACCAUGGUAACGUGGAAGCGGAUCAACACCGCAUCAAGAUUCAGAACAUGAGGGACCAGGCCGACUGGCUGCUCCGCAACAUCAUCCCCAUCCAUGUGGCCGAGCAGCUGAAGGUUACCCAGAGCUACUCUAAGAACCACAACAACGUGGGAGUCAUAUUUGCCAGUAUUGUCAACUUCAGUGAGUUUUACGAGGAGAGUUACGAGGGAGGGAAGGAGUGUUACCGCGUCCUUAAUGAACUCAUUGGCGACUUUGACGAGCUUUUACGAAAGCCUGUCUUCUCCAACAUCGAGAAGAUCAAGACCAUCGGAGCCACGUACAUGGCAGCAUCGGGUCUGAAUGCACAGCAGUGUGCGGAUGCAGCCCAUCCUCAUGCGCACCUUCGUGCUCUUUUUGAGUUUGCUCUAGAAAUGAUGCAUGUGGUCGACGACUUCAACAAGAACAUGCUCGGAUUUGGCUUCAAGCUUCGCAUUGGAUUCAACCAUGGUCCUCUAACGGCGGGCGUCAUUGGCACCACCAAACUCCUUUACGAUAUCUGGGGCGACACAGUCAACAUCGCCAGUCGUAUGGACACCACGGGUGUGGAGUGUCGUGUCCAGGUCAGCGAGGAGAGUUACUGCGUCCUCAGCAGCAUGGAUUAUGAGUUUGAUUAUCGUGGCACAGUUAAUGUGAAAGGCAAAGGUCAGAUGAAGACCUUCCUCUACCCUAAGAGCAGUGACAGAGGCCCAGUACCUCAGUACCAGCUCUCAGUGUCUCCAGAGAUACGAGCACAGGUGGACGGAAGCAUCGGCCGCUCGCCGACAGAUGAAAUUGCAAACAUUGUCCAUACGGUCCCCAGCACCAGUACAACAACAUCCUCUACCACUUCUGCUUCCUCUCGUGUGGCAGGGCUAAGUCAGGAAGUGGUUAUUUGUCAAAGACGCCCGUCUGCAGAAAUCCCUCAUAAGAGACGAUCUCUGUCUCCCAGCGGCAUGACGUCUAUACCUGUCACCAGUCUGGAAGCACCUCCUCUGGCUGCUUCUGAAAGUAACAAGCAGCUCAACAGCUCAUCCUCAUCCCAGCAGAAAACAGCUCUGGACAAACAUGAGCCUGAGAUUGAAGGUGCAGAGUUCACCAGACUUUAAAGAUGCUACAGUAGAAUAUCAACCCUUUAAGCUCGUGUUCCUGCCGGUUGGCAUGUGUAGAAGCUACUGUACAUUUGGUACUGUUCAAAUGUCCACUGGUGUCUUCUUCUGCAUCAGCCAAGUUGGUUAGGUGGAAAUCUGAUUGGCAGAUGAUACUACAGAGAGAUGCUGGUUGGACGACAUCCAGGCCUGUCACUAUAACUUCUGUCUACCGUUUUCAUCGAUGUAAAUGUAACAGGUUUUUAAAUUUAAAAAACCUACAGAUUUUAGAAAUGCUAUAUCGUAAAUGAGACCUUUAACUUCUCGUUACCUGGGCAGAAGAUUACAAAUUUGAAGAAUUAAAUUAAACACUCUGGUUGCUUAAGUAUACGCACUCUCAAAGUCAUACUACUUUAAACACCUUUUGGGUCAACAUCAUAUUUGCACACCUAAAUGGUUACAAUGCGUAAAUGUAAAAUUUCAAUCCAUAGAUUUAAUUUUUUUUACUUUUAAGUUGCACCGUAGCUUUUUUACAGCCUGUAAUAUUUUGCAACCUUUUUGGAGCCAUAAAGUCUCUCCACUUAUUAACUACAUUACUGCUGACGGUGAUACUGUAUUUGUAUCAUCUUUUCAAUCUCACCUGACCUUCAAUUCAAUCUUUUAUAUGUGUUAUUGUGGACUAUUGGUGUUAAUGAAGAAUAAAAUGGCAAAACAAAUGAUAUUACAAUAAUAGUACAUUAUAGUAUUUUGGCAAUGGUUUCAUUGAAUUACUAGAGGGUGUGUAAACUCAUGCAACCUCAUUAUGAGUUUAAUUGUUAUUGUUCCCUAACAUAAGUAUUGCAUGUAUUUUACAAUGGGAUAGUUCAGAUAUUUGGUCUCAUUAAUAAUGAAAACUAUUCCUAAAAAAAUGCAUCUCAAAAUGUGUGUCUUUGCAGACUUUAGACAGUGGCCAACAGUAAACACUGUAGUGAGGCAAUGUUGGGGUCUCCACAAGACACUGUUGAUGCUUUACCUCCUCAACCUAUCAGUUGAUAAUAUCAAUAUCAAUUAUUGUGACGGCUAAUAAGAGGCAAAAUGUCAGACAGGGACAGAUGGAAUAUGUGAAAGAUGUGGCGGCAGAUGUCAGAUUUUCUCUCGCCAAUACCUUCUUAUACUGUAAUUGAUUAUCCUCACACCUUUAAUCUUAAUAAUUUAUUUUAUUAUAUUUUGAAGUGCCUUUAGUGUAGAGUAAUGUGUAGACACUUUUGACUAAAAGGGAAGGAUAAUAUAAAGGGAAAACCUGUAAAUUCGUCAACUUUGUGGGCAAAAACUGCUUUGCUUUUGUUGCUCAAGUUUUACUUUGUUUACUGAGAUUUGCUGCCAUGAUUUGCCUUUCAGCAACUAAACACUCACAAAGCUGACCUUACAUACAGUGUGGAUGGAUGUAUUGGUCCAUGUUUUUCAUGGACAGAGCCAAAAAAUGCAUCCAAAAAACCCCUAAAGAGACCAAUCAGUGCAGAGAAAAUGCAGACACAGACAAUACUUUAACUUUGUGUCCUGAGUGUAUUUGCAUGCACUAUGUGUUUUAAGUGUGUCUGCGCAUAAGGAUGAGUGUAGAUGCCAGUGCAUUAGUUGAUCUGAUUGGGUGACAAACAUUUGUGGAACGCAGUAGACAGAGAAGUUAUCCUGUUUGCUGAUAAGGCAGUUUCUUCCUCUGGCCUUGAAGCACCAUGGUCUCAGCUCCUCCUAAUCAACCCCUUUGCAAUAACAAUGUACUAGAUGAGGCUAAAUACCACCAAUGUUGUGUCCUUCCUCUUGAUAUAAGCUGGAACUUCUGGUGAACCAAUUCGAUUGGUACUGAUGUACCUUUACAGUCUUCUGGACUGACUCUAGGUCAAAAGAACAAGACAAGGGUUUGUUGGAUUACACUGUUUUUGGUUAGUAAUGAUUUUUAAGACAUGGAUAAUCAAAGAGGAGUGUGUCAAAUCAAAUGUAUUUUAUGGUAUUUUCUUGUGAUGCAAACAUAAAGUUGUCACGUGAAGCUGCCCCUUCCUUGUUUCUACGAUUUGAAAGGGAAUUUUAUUGUGGUGGCAUGAAGUUUCAUUGUGUGAGCACUGAAGAACGGUGCACUAAAUGUUUUUCCUAUGACUAUUUGGAAUAUUUUCAGUCUUAGGGAAUUCAUGUUUAGUUACAGUACAUCUCUUGCUCCAACAUUUCCCUCUUUAACUGGUAUCAAACAGAGGAUUGUGUGCUCAAAAGCCAAGUGUGGAAAACUAAAAACUCAAUUCUGACUGUAGAACCUCCUCAGCAGCAAAUAUUUAUUUUUCUGUCACUUAGAGAAAUUGAUAGGAUGAACAUCAAAUAUGUGUUUUUCCCGUUACAUCUCAGACUUUUUCUAUAACCAAAACAGUUGAAUAAGAAGAACUUAAAACGUUUUUUGUUGUAAUUUUAUUAUUUUUUUUAUUGUGUUUUUUUAUGGAAGCUGUCUUAUACUUGACUGCUAGACUUGGAUUUGGACAUAGCCAUUGUGAACGUUCCUUGGUUUACAAGUGAAGCUUUAGUAGACUGCAAGUGCUAAGCCUUUUUUGUAAAAGAAAAACAAAACAAAAAAUGUUUUGUUUUACAAAAUUCAUUAUGUUUUACUUAAAUAGACAGGACACUUUUUUAUUAUUUUAUUAUAACAUAGUAAGCCCAACAAUCAUAAGUAAUUUUAAACAUAGUUUAAGAGGUUGAAAAAAAUAGGUUUUGGUUUCUUCCCUUCCACAGUGGAAGAAGAGACAGUUACAAGCAUGUAAGACAUGGAGUAGAUGAUGUUUGCUGAGACUCAAACCUGCCAUUGACCUACUAGAAGCUCUGUGCCCAUGCGGUCCCAAUUUAUCUACACAUGUACUCUGGGUGAUACCACAGAAUGUUUAUAGUAAAAGCAUUUUACUUCUAGCGCCUUCACUUCAUCCAAAACCAUUAGAGCACUUCUGGUUUACCCGCGGGACCUCACUUUGCAACCAGAUAGCUUCGUCCAGUUUGUAUGUACAGACUAUGUUGCUGGCUCAUGUAAACAUUUUGUUUUAACCUCUUAAUCAUUAACAAAAAGUUUUUUCAGCCAACGGCAAAAACUUAAAAUGAGGAUUUAUUCAUUUUUUCCCCUUUCAUUGACCUGUUUGAUUUGUAUUAUUUACAGAGAUUAAAGGGAUUUUCUGAACCAAGAGAACGACACACUGGGAAACUGAUGCCAAAGAGUGUCAUCACCAUCUCAUCCAUGUCCUCUGCAUCAUGUCUUAAUUUGCAGGUUGAUUUGUGCACGUUGAAGUAAUUUAUAUAUUCAAUGUUAAAUCACAUUUGCACAAUGCUUUCACUUUUUAUGUACAGUAUGCCUUUAUAUUGUAAAGCAUUUUCUAUUAUUUAUAUAAUUGCAUGUACUGGAGUAUUACAUAGUUAAAUGAACUGUUAUUUUCACAAAUAUUUCAAUAAUAUUUGUGUUGUGUUAGCCUGCAUGUGUGUAUAGUGGGCGUUUGUAAAUGUUUCAGGUGUGUGAGUGGGUGUGUGUGUUAAAUGAGAUGCUCAAAUUCUACCAAUAACGUAACCUAGACAUUAAAGUCAACCUUGUCAUCUCUAAAAGUAUGACCUGCUACAAAAACGUUUAAAUCAGCGUAGCUUUUCUAAAAACUGGCUAAACAAUGUAGAUGAGGCUCUGCACAAUGCCUGCAUUAGGCAGUAUCUCAGUAGCCUGCUACAGAUGGUUUUGAUAAAUUGUUGCUUUCUCUGGAAUUGUUUUUGUAUGUAGCACGCAAAUAGUUAUACAAGUAUAAGUAUAUAAUAAAGUCAGUUGCUUUGAAAUGUUGUGUUCAUGAGCGUUGGACAUGAAACCAAAUGUAUAUUUUAUAGUCAGGUUUCAGGCAAGAGCUUUAAUGUAAAUGGAGCUACAGGGCUUUGAUUUUUAUGCUUUUAUAAGCUGUACUUAAUAACUGCUUCAUUCACCUAAAAUUGCAAAUUAAGAUUAAAGUGUUGAAAUAUUGAAUAUCAGUUUAUAAUGUAAACAUUUUUAGUGAUGUGUCUAUUUACCAUAAUUUGAAUAAUGUAAUUUCUGACUGUGGAUUUGCCUUCUUAUGUAUUUAUUAUUUUAAAAAUGAGUAUUAAAACAUAUGUUAUUAUGAUGUUAAUAUCAAUAGAAAAUGUUCCUAUAGUAGCACAGGAGACCACAAUCCCGGUUUAAGCCAAACAACUUUCUUAGACCAGUGACAAAAGCUGGUAAUUCUUUGAAUAUCAACACACACUUUUUUAUACCAGCAGACCAAGCAUUAAAACUUAAUAUUAGCCAUAAUGUAACUAGUGUUUUGCUGAAAAAUGGCAACAUUUUUGAAAGAAUAUGACUUAAACAUGUAAGACAAUAUAAAACAAAUAGGGAUACGGCAUAACCCAGUAUAAUGAAGAAAAAAAUAUAACUGGACUGCAGUAUGGCAACAUAGUUUGAAAUUCUGUAAUAAUAAAAAAAACUGCAAAAUUACACCUGCUUGUUUGAAGCAAAUAUCACUGAAAUGUCUUGUAAAUAACUGCAAUUGCUAACUUGAAGGCAACAUUAAACAUGAGCUAAAAGUAAAAAA